CACUAAUGUGUACACACUAACCCUUAUGGAUCUCGAUUCAGAGGAAACUACUACCUCUGGUUCGCCGUAUUGAGAGUCUGCUUGCUCAGGGACAAACAACAAUGUACUCCUUGAGACGGCUCUACGUACCUGUGUGAGAGAAUGUGUGUGUGCAUGUGUGUGUGUAUGUGUGUCCAAGUAUGUAUGUGCUACACUCAGCUGUUCCUGCUCUGAAAAACAAGAGUCUGGACUGCUUGGGUCAGCAGCCUCGCUUCCUCAAACCCUUCAGACUGGCAGGGAGGAAAAUAUGUGUGCGUGUGGAUGCGCGCGUGUGUGUGCGUGUGUGUAUCUGUGUGUGUGUGCGCUUGUGUGUCUGUGUGUGCGUGUCUAUGUUUGUGCACAACCAAGCCGAACCAAAAUCCAAACAAUAACCACUAACCCAAAGAGAAGGGGUCCACCGAUGCCUGCGAGGCUGUGAGUGUGGGUGGAGCUUCACGUGUGGUUCUCGUCCCGCUCCGCAGGUCUGCUGACGUUCGUGAACUGUGCGUACGUCAAGUGGGGCACCAGGGUGCAGGACUUCUUCACCUACGCCAAGGUCAUCGCGCUCAUCGCCGUCAUAAUCACCGGCCUGGUGAGGAUCGGACAAGGCCACACCCAGAACUUCGAGGGCAUGUUCGAGGGCUCCUCCACGGACCCCGGGGCCCUCGCCCUGGCCCUCUACUCCGCCCUCUUCUCCUACUCCGGCUGGGACACGCUCAACUUCGUCACCGAGGAGAUCAAGGACCCAGAGAGGAACCUGCCGCUGGCCAUCGCCAUCUCCAUGCCCGUUGUCACGGUGAUCUACAUCCUGACCAACGUGGCCUACUACGCCGUCCUGCCCAUCAACGCCAUACUGGACAGUGACGCCGUGGCGGUGACGUUUGCCGACCAGGUGUUUGGCGUGAUGAACUGGACCAUCCCGCUGGCCGUGGCGCUGUCCUGCUUCGGGGGCCUCAACGCCUCCAUCCUGGCCUCGUCCCGGCUGUUCUUCGUGGGCUCCAGGGAGGGCCACCUGCCCGACUACCUGUGCAUGAUCCACGUGCACCGCUACACCCCCGUUCCCGCGCUGCUCUUCAACGGCGUGAUGGCGUUGAUCUACCUGUGCGUGGAGGACAUCUUCCGGCUCAUCAACUACUACAGCUUCAGCUACUGGUUCUUCGUGGGCCUGUCCAUCCUGGGACAGCUGUACCUGCGCUGGAAGCAACCGGACCGCCAUAGGCCCCUCAAGCUCAGCCUGUUCUUCCCGAUCGUCUUCUGCAUCCUGACGGUGUUCCUGGUGGUGGUGCCGCUGUACAGCGACACCGUCAACUCCCUGAUCGGCAUCGGCAUCGCCCUAUCAGGCAUCCCCGUUUACUUCCUGUGCAUCUACACUCCGGCCACCAAGAGGCCGCUGUGGCUGCGGCGCCUGAUCGCCCGGUCGGGCCUGGUCAUCCAGAAGGUGUGCUUCUCCGUGCUCACCGAGAUGGACACCGACCACGAGGAGUGAAGCUCCGCCCCCUCCUCCCCCCCCCCCCCACCCCCCGCUCCUCUCAGACUGUUAGGAAACGCACAAGGGACCCGGCUGGGACUCAGAGCCGGAUGUCCUGCCAAUCAGGACGGAACCGGCUUUCUUGUCCUCUCCGAUGGUUGAUCGUCACCAUGGCGACGACGACUAAACAACCAUCCCCUGCCACGACGACGCUGGUAACCGCGACGAGCCGGUGGUGUUUCGGUGGUCGGACUACAGAGAACUAUUUAAGAAUCAACACCCCUUUUAUAUAUAUAUAUAUAUAUUAUAUAGUAGAAUUCUUUUUUUUUUUUUAAGAUGUCUGAAGAACUACAUUGAUUUUAUGUUCCCAAUCAAACAGACCAGAAUGCAAUACAUUAUUUUGAUUACGGUUGGAUGGUUGAAGUGAAAAGCCUUUGAAACCAAAAGCACUGUGGACCAAAUAAACUGUAUAAUAUAGAGGGAGGUGUAGAAACUGUCUUUACUCCAGGGAGCAAAAGCGAUGUUCUGAGAUGUUUCACAGCUAGAAGACGUUCUUUUAAGGGCUAUCUCUGCCAAAUUUGAACUAAAAUUGAAUUGACUAAUAUAUUAACAAUCGAAUGAACAGUUAAAGGUUUUAGAAUCAUGUUGCUCUGAUCACCAUAAACAAGUUCAACUUUAAAAGCGUUUAUUUAUAAUAAAAUUACAACUGAACAUAA